AAUGACAGUGAUAGUAAAUUCCUGUUUUUUUUUCAGGCGUCGACGAUCGACGGUCGCCGUAAGGGGGCUUGCCUCUUCUGCCAAGAGUACUUCAUGGAGCUGUACCUGCUGGCCGAGUUGAAGACCAUCAGCCUCAAGGUGACCACCGUCGACAUGCAGAAGCCGCCGCCCGACUUUCGCACCAACUUCGAGGCGACGCCGCCCCCGAUCCUGAUCGAUCGCGGCAUGGCCAUCUUGGAGAACGAGAAGAUCGAGCGGCACAUCAUGAAGAACGUGCCCGGCGGGCACAACUUGUUUAUACAGGACAAAGAAGUAGCCACAUUGAUCGAGAACCUAUAUACAAAAUUCAGAAAGUAUGUGAGGAAAUUCGAGUCACCCGACACGACAGACUGCCAACAGCCUCUUCUUUCUCAUCUUGAACGCAUCAACGACUUCAUGGCCAAAAGAGGCACCAGGUUCCUUACCGGUGAUACUAUGUCUUGUUUUGACUGCGAACUGAUGCCAAGACUGCAGCACAUCCGCAUCGGCGCGAAAGCCUUCCGCAAAUUCGAGAUCCCGCCGACGCUCACCGCCCUCUGGACGUACAUGGCCAACAUGUACGAGCUGGAGGCGUUCGUGCAGAGCUGCCCCGCCGACCAGGACAUCAUCAGCCACAUCAAGAACCAGCUGGGGCUGCGCACGACGGCGCGCAUCGAGCUCGAGACGCCCGUCUACUCGACGGCCAUUCCCGUGCUGGAGAGCUCCUAGGUGGGUGUGGUUUGUUUCCCUUUGAAUCAACACAAUCAAAGACCCAUUUCCAUGUGAAGGAUUCAAGGUGCAGUUCAUCAGAGAGUCAAAGUGCUGCCAUGAACGUUAACGUCAGGAAUCAGGGUCUCCCAAAAAGUUUUGAAUUGAGGAUUCCGCUCAUUUCAACAUGAAUGAAUGUUCAUAUCAAAACAAACAACCAAAAAUAACCAAUACAAAACGAAAAUUGAAUACUGUCAGUUUGCUUCAUUAUUUGAAGUUUUCUCUCCUCGUUUCUAUAAAAGAA